AUGACCAGGAAUAUUGCCAUUGACAGCAAAAAGAAUACAGGUGUUAGAGUGUGCGUGCUGGGGGCUGCGGGAGGUAUUGGCCAGCCAUUAUCUUUGACUUUAAAGAUGAAUCCUCAUGUUAGAGAGCUCUCUCUAUAUGACGUAUCCCCUCAUGUCCCUGGUGUGGCAGCGGACCUCUCCCACAUAGAUACACCAGCCAAAGUUACUUGGCACACGCCAGAGACGGGUGGACUGAAGGCAGCACUUGAAGGGUGUGAUUUUGUUUUAAUUCCUGCAGGAAUUCCAAGGAAGCCGGGUAUGUCACGAGAUGAUCUAUUCAAGAUCAAUGCAGGGAUCUGUGCCGAAUUGGCUGCAGGUAUCGCUCAGUACUCUGCGUCUGCAACAGUUCUCGUCAUUUCCAACCCCGUCAAUUCCACUGUCCCGGUAUUUGCAGAGGUUCUAAAGAAGCACGGAGUGUUCAACCCUCGUAAACUUUUUGGUGUAACCACGUUGGAUUCGGUCCGGGCUGAUACCUUCAUCCACGAGAUCAAACCCGAUCUUCCCUGGGGGCUUAUCAAGGUGAUUGGAGGUCAUUCAGGAGACACGAUUGUGCCUCUUCUCUCAACAGUGCUCGGCAAAGAAAUCGAUCGGGUGCCUAACGAAAAGCUUCACGCCGUUAAUCAUCGUGUUCAGUACGGAGGUGAUGAGAUCAUUCAAGCUAAAAAGGGGGCCGGCUCUUCAACGCUUUCCAUGGCUUACGCUGCCUAUAAAUUUUUCACCACUGUGCUCAACAGUUAUUUGGGAUUGACCGAUAAGAACGUUGCGUGCACUUUUAUAAAUACUGAAUAUGACGACGAUGCACUUGAUGGAGUUUCGGAGUUGAAAGAUCUCGUUAAGAAGUUGACCAAUCGUCCAGACAUGAAGCUUAAGUAUUUCGCCAUGCCUUGUGUUUUUGGUCCUAACGGUAUAGAAAGGGUGGAGUAUGAAUGUUUGGAAACGUUGGAUAAAACAGAGGUGGAUAUGGUGAAUAUUUGCUGCGAAACACUCGCCAGCAACUACAGCAAGGGAGUGGAUUUCGUCAAUGGUAAGUAA